CUUAUUAAUAUAAUAGAAAUACUAAUCUUCAAUCUAACUUUGCCUACUGACCAACAUGAGUACCUACAUGUAUAUGUGUGUCUGCCCUCUUUGGGGGUCUCAGAGCCCUCAUGGCCCUGGGCUCGUUAUUCAUCACCCCAAUCCCUGGGGUCACACAGUGCUUGAUGACCCAGCUUUGAGUAGGGGUCUUUAGGGGUGGAGAGGCGCAGGGCUUCCUUACAGAUCUUGGCUGCCAUGCAGGGCAUCGCUGGAGGUAAACAUGAGGUAGCUUGUCUGGAUAAAGACACCAAGGCCUGUGCAUAUGUAGGGGAGGCAGGAUUCCCCAGGAAAGACCCUGGACACGUGCAUUAGAUGGGCUCUUGUUUGGGCUCCAUCACCAGCUAGCUAGGCUGGCCCAUAUGGGUCACUCUACCCCUCCCAUGGUUGAGAGCUGCCCCCUCUAAAUAUAGCCCAGUGGGCUGAGCUCAGGCCUAUUUUAGGCCCAGGCUGGGAGGUGGCUAGCCUUCCCCAGGCUCUGGGAGCCACUGCUGCCUCCAUCCUGUCCUGCUCCUGGGUGCUAUUAUCAGCCCCUCAACUGCCCACCGCCCACCAUGCCUGAGGAGACAGAAGACACCAUGGCACUGACGCAGAGUCCGAGGAGCAAGGCACCACCGGCCCCCAACCACAUAGAGGAGGUGCGCCUGCACCAGGUGGAAUCCAUCAGCGACCUACACAGCGGAGGUUCGCUGCACCCCUAUCUGGCCGAGCAGGUGCAGCCGUGGGACGAGCUACUGGGCAUCUUGCCACCAUCGCUGUGUGCCCAGGCUGGCUGCAGUCCUGUGCAAGGCCGGGGAGGCUUCCUGUUGCUGCUGGCAUUGCUGGUGCUCACCUGCCUGGCGCUCGCCAUCCUGGCUGUCUAUCUGAGCGUGCUGCAGAGUGAAUCUCUCCGCAUGCUGGCACAUACACUUCGCACUCAGGAGGAGACGAUACUCAAACUCCGGCUCGCCAGCCUCAGCCAGCUGCGGAGGCUCAACUCCACUGAGGCCCAAGCACCCAGCUGAGAUACCACUUGGACCUGGGGGUUGGGAGGGUGUGUGUGUGGGGAGGAAUAAAGUGGCCACUGGCAGGUUUCUCCUGACCCACUGCUCCACACUACUUCCUUGGUGAGGUUUUUGUACAUGAGUCUAACCUGACCCCACAGCUACCUGCCUCUCCUGUCUUCGGGCUAGGCCUAGCCAAGUUUUCUGGGGCCAAGGACCUGCUUUGGGUGGCCCAAGGUCAGAGGAAACGACACCAGCCUCCUGGCUCCUUCUGUGGCCUGUCAGCAGCCUCUGGCUUCCCCCAGAUAGCAGGUUCAGAGUCUAGAAAUAGCUGCCCCCCCUGCUCAAUUGCUCAAACCCUGCCAUGCCUCCCAGCAGGGGUCGGGCCUCAGCACUCAAGCAGGCAGAGCUGAGUAUGGGAAAGAGGGCCACCUGAGGAGACGGUCUGGGAGGGCACAGCUGAGAUGGAGACAGGGGUGGUGGAUGAGAGGGCAGGCAGAAACACCCAGAGCUAAGGGCUGCAGAAGGCUGAGCAAUCAGUUUAAUCAUCUCUAAUAAUCUUUACAAAUCAGCAUAUAGAUCCAUUCCAUGUAGCCUCACCUCCCCACCUGUUUUGGCGCCAUCUGUCCAGAUGCCAUUCCCUUCAAGAAAGUGGGUCAUCCCAUGGGAGCAGGGCCUGAGAAAGGACAGAAAGGGACAGCCCUCCUGCUGUCUGCCCCACGGCUCUGGGACAAGCACACAUUUGGUCUGGCCUGAGACAGAGCAGGAAAAGGCCACAGCGUCGUGUGCAGGGGCAAGGGGCCAGGAUCCCGAGUGCCCUGGCCUCCAGCUACCCAUCCCCAUGUCUGUUUUUGGUUUUGUCAUUAAAAAAAUAAAGCGACAAUUCCUGGCAGGGA